AUAGUGUGUUUGUAAAUUGCACAUCCCUGAUUGAAGCACGUUUUUAAAAGCCGGCACAAAACAAAAAAAGAGUUUUUAUUGAAAAGAGAUUUAUUGAAUAUAAUGUAUAUGAAUGCUAAUCUAUUUGAACCGGGCAAAUCAAAGCCCGAACGUGCUUUCAUACAGGGUGCUGCGAAACAGAGUGCGCGUUUCGAUGGUCGCAAAUUGAACGAAUUUCGGGAUGUGGAACUAACUUUUGGUGCUGAUUGGGGCACAGUGACUGUGUCAAUGGGCGAAACGAAAGUGCUGGCUCAGGUUAGCUGUGAUCUUGGAACGCCGACAAGUGCACGAGGAAACGAGGGCACACUUCAUUUAAACGUGGACAUCAAGGGCGUAGCAUUUCUAGACGAGGUCCAAGCGACCCAUGAUCAGCGCUCCCUAACGCUGAACUCUCUGCUGGAACGGACAUUUCGCAGUUCUCGCUGCCUGGACUUGGAGUCGCUGUGCAUUGCAGUUGAGCAGCAUGUUUGGUGUGUGCGCGUCGACAUUAAUGUGCUCAAUCAUGAUGGAAAUCUUUACGAUGCUAGCACUAUUGCAGCGCUGGCCGCACUUAUGCAUUUUCGCCGACCCGAGGUCUCUUAUAUUGAUGACCAAAUUCGGACGUACAGCGAAAGGGAACGCGAGCUGAUGCCACUGCUCUUCCUACACUAUCCAGUUAGCGUCACGUAUUGCGUGUACAAGAGUACCCCACAGCCUUUAGUCGAUCCCACACUGUUGGAGGAGAACGCAGCCGACUCGAUUAUUGUAUUGAGUUUUAAUUCAUAUCAAGAACUGUGUACACUCAAUGCUGGAGGCACUGCACCCACCAAUGUCCGCACCAUUAUGCAAUGUGCACGCAGUGCGGCCAAACGAUCUAAGGCCCUGGUGCAAUUUAUACGCAAAGCAUUGGAGCUGGAUAUGGAGAGUCGUCAGCAACCUAAACAGGUGACCGGUUUGGUAAAUCUCUUUAGCGGUGCAGCAUCCAAGCUAAGCUUCAAGCAUCUGAUGGAGGAAGAGCAGCAGAUGGAAGUAAAUGUAGUGCAAGUAAAUCAAACCAGCACCUCAGAGCCUGUCCAACAGCAGGAAACCUUAAAUGAAGAUCAAUCGCAGACGUCCACGCAGACAUCAGUCACGCACAUGGAUGAUAGAAGUUGGUUACCGCAGGAGGAGAAUGCCUCGCAAGAAAAGUGUGAGGAAAACGAUCAAGUCCAUUCAAAGGAAAUCACACCGACUGGCGGCAAGACGGCUAAAUCCAAAUCCAAUCGUGGCAAAAACAAGGCUGGCAAAAAGCAACAAUCGAUGCCCAAGAAGCAAAAUCACAGCGAUUCAGAGGAGGAAGUUACACAGAUAAUUUGAUAAACGAAUAUUAUUUUUCAAAUGUAAACAUUUAUGUAGUUAUAUGUGUGUAGCUUAAGAAAAAAAUUGAAAUUAGUUUAAAUAGCAUAACAAAUGUAAAUAAAAUGUAUGAGAAAUCAAUCGACUA